ACCUCAUAAAAAAAAGCCGUAAGAUACCCAUACAGACACUCACCUACGCAUAACACAGCACUCUACCCGUCGCUAUUCCAAUGGCGAGCCGUCCUGCACAACCACUCCGUCUUCUGGCUGGGCUCCGCAGACGCCCGCCGCCAUGCGCUCACUCCUUCCGCAUCGCAUCACUCCAUCCCGCCCGAAAAUGUCAACUCCGCGCGUUCAGCGCAACACCCCGCUCCCUGCACACUCCAUCACCCACAACACCAACGCCCCCAUCACAUCACUUUCAAUCCAGCAACAGCACCCUCGUUCCCGCCGCCACCUACCUCGCCACAACCUCCGCCACUGACUCCUUCACCCCGCUCCCCAACCGCGGCUUCGUAGCUGUUGACGGCCCCGACGCGGUCAAAUUCCUGCAAGGGCUGACGACGAACCAGAUGGGGUUGAUUGAGCGGGGUGGCGAUGGGGUAUUUUGUGCGUUUCUUACGGCUCAGGGCCGAGUCCUCUACGACGCCUUCAUCUACCCCCACAACACCGGCCCAACCUUUCCCCACCCCACCUUCCUCAUCGAGCACGACGCCCGCCACACCCCCGCCCUCCUCCUCCACCUCAAACGGCACAAACUGCGUGCCAAGAUCUCCAUCACCGACGUCUCAGCGACCUACACGGCGUGGCAGAUCUGGGGCCCGGCGACGGCCGCGAUGUGGGGCGUGAAUGUCGUGCGGGAUGAGGUUGUUGGGGGUGUUGCCUUGCCGUUGGGUGCGCUGGUGGGGAGGGAACGGUUGUGUGAUAUUGGGUGCAGGGAUCCAAGGCAUCGGGAGAUGGGGUUGAGGGUUGUGCUUGAGACGGGGGGGAAACCGCCCCUCCCACAGCAUUUCACUAAGGUUCCGUACACGACCUACCUCCGCCGCCGCAUCCUCCUCGGGAUCCCCGAAGGCGCCGACGACUUCCCCACCGGCGUCGCACUACCGCUCGAAUCGAACCUCGAUCUCAUGUCGGGGGUGGACUUCCGCAAAGGCUGCUACCUCGGCCAAGAACUCACGAUCAGGACGUACCACACCGGCGUGGUGCGGAAACGGAUCGUGCCUGUGCAGUAUCUCACCGCCGGUGCCGCCGCGUCUCCCAACAUCGAGGAUGACGACAGUGGACUGGCUGUGGAUGUCGGGUCGGAAACGGAGGAUAGCGAGGGAGUCCCGCCGCAGACGGAGAUUGUGGUUUUGCCUCCAUCACAAUCGACCACACCAUCAGAACAGUCAGAACAGUCAGAAUCGGAUCAACAACAACAACAACAACCCACACGCCGCCGCCGCCCAACUGCCGCAACCACGACUCCGAAACCCAUCGGCCGCACAGGCUCGCACGUCGCCAACAUCGGGCUUGCGCUCGUGCGGUUGGAAUAUGUCGCUGGCGGGAAACACCACAUCCAGGGUAAUGAUGGCGGUGGUGCUGUGAAAGACAUGGAGGCGGUGUUGGCUGUGAAGGGAAUGGAGGUGGGCGUUAGGGCUGUUGCGCCCGGGUGGUGGGGGCGGUAAGAUGGAGAGAUUGUGAAUUGGGAGAAUAUGGGCGGAUGAAAUCCAUGCGCUCGUAUCAAAGCGCAUAUAUGUAGGUGUUCGUUUGGGUAGACGUAGAUAGCUGUGUGGGUGUUUACAUUUCUUUGGUUUGUGA